CAAGUCUUUGUGUAAAAUACAAAGAAUUUUCAAAACAAAUUUUGAGGUUAGAUCAGAUGAGCGUGCAGUGAUGCUGAAACAUCAGAGAGGAGCUGUGAGAGCAGUGAUGGACAUGAGUUUGUUUGUCCUUCUUCUGCUGUCAGGACUUAUGUGCAGCGCUUCUGUUCUUCGGCGACCAUAUCACUACAUAAAUCAGAAUAUGACAUGGUCAGCUGCUCAGAGUUACUGUAGAGAGAGGUUUACUGAUCUGGCUACUGUAGACUCUAUGAAUGAUGUGAACAGGAUGAUAAAUGCAGUGAAUGAUGGAUACAGUGGAUCAGUGUGGAUUGGACUGAAGAGGGGGACACAAGGUCGUUGGGGAUGGUCUAAUGGAGAUGGUCCUCUCACACAGUACAGUGCAUGGUUUCCAGGACAGCCUUCUGGUGAUGGAGCAUGUGUCAUUUGUAUGUGUUAUUACUGGUAUGAUCGUCCAUGUGCAGUGCUUCACCAAUUUAUGUGCUAUGAUGAAACACUUGGAAACAUCAUGAUAUCGAGUUGGAAAAACUGGACAGAUGCUCGGAGUUACUGCAGACUGCAUCACACUGAUCUGGCCACGGUCAGCAGCCCUGAGAAGCAGAGUAAACUAAAUUCUGUUGUUGGAUGUGGCCCGUGGGUCUGGAUCGGUCUGUUCUCUGACUCUUGGCAGUGGUCUGAUCAUUGGAGUCUCUCCUUCAGAAACUGGGCAUCAGGGCAACAGUUUCAGAGUUUUGGUGACUGUGUUGCCUUGUCAAUAACGGACUCUGGGAAAUGGGUUCAAUUCAGCUGUGACCAAAAGCAUCCAUUUAUCUGUCAUGGAGAGGACAAGUUUGUUAAAAAACAGACUGUCAGACUGAACUUGUCCAAUGAUGGAAAUCACGAUUUGAAUGACUCCUCAACACAGACCGCCAUUCUGAAUGAGAUAAGUGAAAAGCUACAGUCCAUGGGGCUAGAAGACUUUAAGAGCAUAAGCUGGAGAAAGGAUGAAAAUGGAGAGGUGUUUCAUCUGAGCACAUAUACUGCAGUCAAUUCGAAUAAUACAUGUGAUGAGUACACAGAAGCUGAGUUAACUUUAAAGUCCCCGUGAAAUAAAAAAAUUCAAGACCUACUUUUUAUUAAAUAUUGCAGCGUUCAUUAUAAAUAGUGA